AUGGAAAGUAAAUCCUCCAAUUCCUCUACAAACUUAGUAGAUCAAUUAGUGUAUCCCGGAGACGUGAUUCUUGACCUCUCUAGCAUGACAAACCAGACUAUUAAGCUUGGAGGCGGUCUACGUCAGGACGGUGAUGUGAUUUCUGUAAUGAAGGCCGGCCGACUUAGGUUCUCCAAGCCAAAUAAAUAUUGGGUUGAAAGUUCUCAAAAGAGGUAUGUGCCCCGUCCAGAGGAUUCGGUUCUUGGAAUUGUUGUUGACUCCAGAUCAGAUAACUUUCUCGUGGAUAUAAAAGGACCUGAAUUAGCAUUUCUACCGGUGCUUGCAUUUGAAGGAGGAACAAGAAGAAAUAUACCUAAGUUUGAGGUAGGUGCUUUGCUCUAUGUACGGGUUGUGAAAGCAAACCCUGGAAUGAAUCCUGAGCUGUCAUGCAUGGAUGCCAGUGGGAAAGCAGGAGAGUUUGGUACCCUAAAAGAAGGCUAUAUGUUUGAGUGUUCAACUGGUCUCUCAAGAAUGCUUCUCAGCUCACCCACGUGUCCGGUGCUUGGUACUUUAGGGAAGAAACUCUCUUUUGAAAUAGCAGUUGGCUUAAAUGGACGUGUUUGGGUCAACGCCUCGUCUCCAUCUACAACUAUCAUUGUAGCUAAUGCACUCAUAAACUCAGAGACAUUGAGUGGUGUCCAACAGAAAAUAAUGGCUGAAAAGCUGCUGCAGAGAGCCCACUGA